CAGAUAAAAGAUGUGUUCGGCUCGGACUUGCGCCUCCGAGCAGGGCGCACAGCACGGGUGUGUCCUGCGGCGCCCGCUCGCUUCUCCCGCUCGGUGUGCACCGCCGCGCCCUGGCCAGGCCGCGGGGGGCCGGAGCGCUCGCCGAGUGCAGGCGGCCAGGCCUGGCCUCGGGUGCCGGCGCGCCCGCGGGGGCUCCGGGGCGGAGCCAGCCGUGGCGACGUGGGCGCCCCAGGAGGAAACAGUACCUGCAAGAGGCAAAGGCAGCCUACGCAAAGGCGAUCGUGCAGAUGGGCAAGGCGCAGGUCAAUGACACAAACAUGGUGCUCGUCUGCACGCUGCACGCCAACCUCGCGGCCGUGUUCCUGGAGGCAUCGCCGCCGGAGUGGCAGUCGGCCAAGGCGGCCGCGGACCUCGCGCUGGCCGUCAACCCGCGGAGCGUGAAGGCCCUCUACCGGCGCGCCCAGGCGCGGCUGGAAGACGGCCGCGAGGGGCUGCCGGCGGAGGCGAUGUGCGCCGCCCUCGACGACCUGCGGUGCGCCGAGGAGGUGGAGCCCGGGAACGAGCAGGUUCGCCUGGAAGCGGAGCGCGUCGCCAGGCGGAUCGCGGCCCUGGAGGAGGCCCGCAGGGUGCCGGGGCCUCUCGAGAUCGCCGGCGGCAUCCAGCCCCACCUCCUGGAGCGCGGGGGCGACUGCCUGCUGACGCACGGCUACGUGUGGGGCCAGACGGCCGAGCGCGUCCACGUCCUGGUGCCCGCCCGGGGGCUGCGGGUGCCGCAGGCGUCUUGCAUCACCUGGGAGCUGCGGGCGCAGGCGCUGCGCGUGGUGAUGCCGGCCGCUGACCCGGCGGCGCCGCUGGUGCUUGAGGGCAGGCUGUGCAGGCCGGUGCGGCCAGACGACUGCAGUUGGCAGCUCGAGGACCGGGGGCUUCUGCUCCACGUCGAGCUGUCGAAGCGCGACACGUCGCCCGAGGCGGAGCACUGGCCGUGCGUGUGGGCGGGGCACCCCGAGACGCGGGCGCCCACGGGGGAGGAGCAGGAGCGGCUCCUCGACAUGGCCAGCGCCGCCUGCGCCGCCGAGCGCUCGGAGGAGCCCAGGGGGGAGGCCCCGAACGCGAACGCCCAGGAGACGCUCAGGCGGCUGCGGGAGAUGUGCCCAGGCGUGAGUGUGGAGUGGGGGGACACCUCGCUGGAUGACUUCCGGUAAUAGCGCGCCUUGUGCUUUCCCGGGGAACCUGCGUCAUCGGAGGAGAGCGCGCCUUGUGCUUUCCCAGGGAACCUGAGUCCUCGGAGGAGAGGAGGCGGAGGAGUAGGAGGAGGGCGCGGAGGUGGCGACCCGACCAGGGGCGCGUCAUC